AGGAGCUGAGCAUGGAGAGCAGGGAGGACAAAUCCCCGGGGCAGAACCUGGUGGAAGAGGCCGUUUUGAGCGGCUCCACGGCGCAGGAACGCAACGGGGAGGAAAAGCCCCAGAGAUCCCUCACGAGGAGGGGCUGCAAACGCAGAUGGCGGGGAUCUGAGGGGGAAAGAGCCAGCCUGGGCCGGGAAGGCGGCCGGAGAUGGAGCCAGAGCUCGGAGCUGGUGCUCCAUGAGCAGCUCCAUGAUGGGGAGAAGCCCAACACGUGUGGGGAGUGUGGGAAGAGCUUCAGGUGGCGCUCCCUCCUGAUCAGGCACCAGAGGACCCACACUGGGGAACGGCCCUACGAGUGUGAUCAGUGCAGGAAGAGGUUUCAGACCAGCUCCAAUCUCCUCAAGCACCAGCGCACUCACACAGAGGAGAGGCCCUUCCGCUGCCCCGACUGCGGGCAGGGCUUCAGGCAGAAUGACCAUCUUGUCAUGCACCAACGCAUCCACACUGGGGAGAGGCCCCACGAGUGUGAGGAAUGUGGGAAGAGCUUCAGCCGGAGCUCCAACCUGAUCAGGCACCAGAGAACCCACACUGGGGAGAGGCCCCAUGAGUGUGGGGAGUGUGGGAAGAGCUUCAGCCGGCAUUCCAACCUGAUCCUCCACCAAAAGAUCCACACUGGGGAGAAGCCCUACGAGUGUUCUAAGUGUGGGAAGAGGUUUCAGACCAACUCCCAUCUCCUCCAGCACUAUCAGAUUCACAGAGAGGAGAGGCCCUUCCAGUGCCCUGACUGCGGGAAGGGAUUCAAGCACAACUCCACCCUCAUCAACCACCAGCGCAUCCACACUGGGGAGAGGCCCUACGAGUGUCCCCAGUGUGGGAAGAGCUUCUCACGGAGCUCUACCUUGACACAACACCAACGCAUCCAUGAUGGGGAGAAGCCCCACAAGUGUGGGGAGUGUGGGAAGAGCUUCAGGUGGAACUCUGAGCUGAUCAGGCACCAGAGGACCCACACUGGGGAACAGCCCUACGAGUGUGAUCAGUGCAGGAAGAGGUUUCAGACCAGCUCCAAUCUCCUCAAGCACCAGCGCACUCACACAGAGGAGAGGCCCUUCCGCUGCCCCGACUGCGGGCAGGGCUUCAGGCGAAAUGACCAUCUUGUCAUGCACCGACACAUCCACACUGGGGAGAGGCCUUACGAGUGUGGGGAAUGUGGGAAGAGCUUCAGGCACAGCUCCCACCUGAUCAGGCACCAGAGAACCCACACCGGGGAGAGGCCCUGCAAGUGUGGGGAGUGUGGGAAGAGCUUCAGGCACAGCUCCACCCUGAUCAGGCACCAGAGAACCCACACCGGGGAGAGGCCCUACAAGUGUGGGGAGUGUAGGAAGAGCUUCAGCCGGCAUUCCAACCUGAUCCUCCACCAAAAGAUCCACACUGGGGAGAGGCCUGCCGAGUGUUCCAAGUGUGGGAAGAGGUUUCGGAGCAACUCCCAUCUCCUCCUGCACUAUCGGAUUCACAGAGAGGAGAGGCCCUUCCAGUGCCCUGACUGCGGGAAGGGAUUCAAGCACAACUCCACCCUCAUUACCCACCGGCGCAUCCACACUGGGGAGAGGCCCUACGAGUGUCCCCAGUGUGGGAAGAGCUUCUCACGGAGCUCUAACUUGACCCAACACCAACGGAGGCACCGGUAAGGGAAGUCCUGUGAGUGCCCCAAGUGUGGGAAGAGCUUCGUGUGCUGCUCCAGCUCCAUCCCCCACUGGAGGAGCCACUUUGGGCACAGCCCUGGUC